CACAAGAUGCAAGUGUUAUUGGGAACGACGUUAUCACCAGUUCUACCACUGCUGUUACCAUGUGUUCUACUGAUACUGAUUUGUAAACUAUGGACUGUUUACAACGUACGAUCCAAAGAUCCCAACUGCAAGGCACCCUUACCUGAAGGCAGUAUGGGGAUUCCAUUCUUCGGAGAAACACUACAACUGCUUCUUUUUGGUGCCGAAUUCUACCAGAAGAAAUAUGCGAAAUAUGGCCGUGUAUUCAAGACCCAUCUUCUAGGCCAACCUUCAGUGCGUGUGAUUGGCGCUGCGAAUGUCCGUAGAGUGUUACUGGGGGAAGGCGACAUCGUGCAAGUGCACUAUCCACGCACAGUACAGAGUGUUCUUGGUAGCAAAUCUAUUUUAGUCGCCACUGGCAAAGAACACGAUCGACUGCGUAAACUGGUUUCCAAGGCGUUUAACAUCCAUGCUCUUUCCGAGUACGUUCCCUACAUGCAACAGUUCAUGACAGAAGCGGUGAAAAGCUGGUGUGACAAGGGACAGGUGUGUGCCGAAUCAGAGAGCAAGGUAUUGAUAUUCCGUGUAGCUGGCAAACUUCUUUGUAACUUCGAUUAUGAUGAAGAAGAAAGCAGACACCUGAGUCAAGUUUUUGCAACUAUGGUAGAUAACAUGCUCUCCUUACCAAUUAACAUUCCCGGCAGUCAAUUCAACAAGGCUAUUCGUGCACGUAAUAUUAUACGCAGUAGAGUCGAAGCAAGUCUUAAAAAGAAAAAAGAAUCAGAAAAUGAUUUGCCUUUCACUGAUGCAUUGCGGAUUGUUUCUGAAGGGGGCCACUUUAAUACGGAACAACUAAAAGAAUUAGCUCUAGAACUGUUAUUUGCUGGGCAUUCAACGACAUCUUCUACUGCUGUCAUGAUGAUUCACUACCUCGCACAGCGACCUGACAUCGUGAAAAGAGUAAGAAACGAACUCGACGAGUUUGACUUGCUGGACGAGGAGGAACCAUUGAAGUUUGAAGACAUUUCAAAGUUAAAGUACACUAGUAGUGUGAUCAAAGAAGUAUUUAGAAUCUCACCUCCUAUAGGGGCUGGUUUUAGGAAAGUCAUCAAAACUUUCCAAUUGGAGGGGAAGCAAAUUCCUGCCGGGUGGACGUUGCUGUUCAGUAUACGAGAAACUCAUGCACUCGCUGACAAUUUUGCAGAAGUGGAAAAAUUCGACCCGGAUCGAUUCAUGCCGGAAAGAAACGAGGAGAAGAAAGGAGACCGCUUCAAUUUCAUUCCAUUCGGCGGCGGGUCCCGUGGGUGCGUCGGGAAACAGAUGGCACAACUUAUGCUUAAAAUUUUGCUCAUCACCCUUUCAAGAAACUGCCGAUGGGAACUAGUCAAUCAAGAAACGCCCAGAAUUGAAUUGAUGCCAUGUCCACAUCCCAUAGGCGGUCUUCCCGUAAGGAUUUCACGGCUUGACUGCAAUGCAAACAGAAUUGACUUUAAAAAGGUGAACGAAGCUGGUGACGUCGCUUGCUAAACACGGGUCGUUCAACUUUGACGAGCAAAUGAGGCUAGUUUAUGGCAGUGGCUGAGAUGGCAUCAUAACAUCAUCGCUCCGUGUAACAAAUGUAAUUUCAUCUUGUAGUCACGGAAUGGACCAUCCGACCUACCUGGGAUAACCCGUCUGCGAACCAAACAUUUGAGUACCCAGCCCGGGCCGAAUGUGAAAAUGGAAGUUGUCUGAAAAUACUCAUGGGCAUUGAACUGAGUCCUGAUGUCUUUAUUUUAUGAGCGUGAACAUUUCCCCGAAACAAAUGUAUGACUGGAAUGUAGGAAUUCGGAAUGGGUUGAAUGACGUACAUCUCAUUGAUGUAAGUUGUGUAGGCUAGAGUUACUAGUAUAUGCUGAGCCAAGGUACCCUACUCGUAGUAAUUGUUACACCUCUCCACAGGUUAGGUCUCACGGUACCCAUGAAACCAUGACAUCCUGAAUACGUUUCAUUGAAUACCUUUUGCGUAAGUGUCUUAUAAAUAAAUAAAUAAAUAAAUAAAUAAAUAAAUAAAUAAAUAAAUAAAUAAAUAAAUAAAUAAAUUUGAUAUCUGUUGAAGAUAUGUAACUCAGUUACGUGUAUUUUAGCCGAGUACUCAGUGAUACUGACAACUGCGAUAUUUAUUGCCAACUAAGAAGAAUACAUUCUUUGAGUUAUUGUUAGUAUUAAAAGUAAUAUUUCACUAUUAUAA